AUGGCGGCGAGAACCAUUGCCCACAGCCUAUGCGGGGUCGCGCCCCGGAAGCGGAAGCGAGCGCGCUGCCCCGGAAGCGGCGGUUGUCCGUGGAGACCAGGCCGCGAGGAUGUUGCUGUGGGCGGCCUGGCUGGGCGCGGGGCUGCGGCUCCUGGCGGCGACGGCGGCGGAGGCCGAGGAGCCGCCGCGCUACAAGACGGCGGAGAUGCGGACGGCGGCCGGGCGCCCAAGGUGGCCUGCGAGGAGCGCAGCGGCCCCGGCCCGCGGGGCUCCGCGCUACACGUCCUCAACGUCUCCCAGGACCUGAUGGAGUUUUUAAAUCCAAACAGCAGUGACUGUACAAUGGUCCUGUUCUACACUCCUUGGUGUCGUUUCUCUGCCAACCUGGCUCCUCAUUUUAAUUCUUUGCCUCGAGCAUUUCCAACUCUUCGUUUCGUGGCACUGGAUGCAUCUCAGCAUAGCAGUUUAUCAACCCGAUUUGGAACUGUGGCUGUUCCUAAUAUCCUUCUUUUCCAAGGAGCUAAACCUAUGGCCAGAUUUAAUCAUACGGAUAGGACCCUGGAAACAUUGAAGGCAUUUAUUUUUAAUCAAACAGGAAUAGAAGCUAAACCUGAUGUGGCGGUGACUGAGGAAGACCAAGAGGGCCCCCUACCAAGCAUUCUGACAAAAGGAGUAGAUUGGCUACUUUUAUUUUCUUUGCUGUUUCUGGCUAGUUUUAUUAUGUAUGCCACCAUUCGGACUGAGAGCAUUCGGUGGUUGAUACCAGGACAAGAACUGGAGCAUCAGGAUUAAGUUCUCAGAAUGAAAUGAGGGCACUACUUUGUGCCUGUGGAUAAAGCAAGAAAUCAGUUGAACUGAAAUGAAAUAUAUUGACACUGUGAAUUUGUUCAUUAUAAUCUCAUUGAUUCACAAAAUAGAUGUUUUAGCCAAUUACUGGGUGUGCAGAAGUCAGAAACAGAUGGUAAUUAUUGGUGCAAUAAAUAAACAAAUGGAGGUUCAGGAGAAGAGUGUA